CCGCGAGACCGUCAACCGAGCAGUACUUCUACCCGGAGGCCCCCGGGAGUCCCACCCGGAAUAAACCGAACACCGACGGAUCUGCCAGUUCUCUCCGUUUCUUGGGGAACGAUGAUGUAUACGUUUGAUUUUGGUGGAUUGGUGGGAGGAAAUCGAUGUGAAGACAGCUCUUGAUUCUUUCGACCACUCGAAAAUUUGUAAUUAUUUUGUGGAUUUUGGCGAAGAAGUGGUUUUCUCUACGCAGUGACCAAGUGUAACAAACAUCUGUGGCAUCUUCCGGUCAAGCAUCCUGUCAUCACGUGGGGAUUCUGUGAUUCUAGGAAUAUUGUAUCUUACGUGUCCGUCAUCUCAGCUGUGUGUUGUGACGUGUUUGAUAAAAGGUCCGAAGAAUCAGUGUUUUGAUCCCAACGCAGUGUUUUUGAAGAGAAAUUCCCGGAAUCAAUACAAUUUGAUCUGCAGUGCGCGAACCAACAGCACUCCCAACAUAUGUGUUAAUUUACCAUGGAUUAGUGAAUGGCAUUCCAGACUCCCUCCAGCGGAUGCUGAUGCGGUGAACUGCAUCCAAUCAGCAGCCAUCGGCAGUACUCCUGGACCACCCCCGUCAUCGCGUGGUUGAUGGUGAAUCUACAUGCCGGAUUGUGUGUCGGUGUGCGUGGUGGAAGCUGAACAUGUGAUUGAUUAUGGAUUGCAGUGCGAACGAGGAAUACAUUAUUAACCAUAUAAGAGCAAAUCCGCGGUGGAACAUCAGGUGGCAGUGCUUCGAGCUAGAGUUUGGUACCGCGAGAUAAUUGUACACACUCGCACAAGAUCGUACAUUGAUGAUUGUACUGCUCGGUGAAAGUAAAAUUAGCUGGAGUAUGACCAGCAGUGCUUAGUGCUUUGGCAUAUCCAUGGAUUAUGAUGAUGGUUAUUUAAUAUAUGAUGAGAUCCUUCUAAUCAGCAGCUACAGAGCAACUUCACAGGUUCGUUCGCCGCCGUGAAGAAGUUUAACGGCCAAGGAGAGCGGGUGCAGAAGGAUCUACCGACUCAACCAUCCAUAUAAACGCGCGGAGACCCGAGCAUUUUCCUACGGCAUUAAUUCGUGGCGUAAAGGAUUAUAUCAAUUGAAACCCGGAAGAGCGAUAAAAGCGCAAGCUUCCGGAACUGCUCGCACAAGACCACCGAAGCCACACAGCCCUCUCGUGUCGUGUUGGAUCGCUGGACGGCGGUGCAUGAGGCUGCUGCAAAAAUGAAUAUUCAAUACAAAUUUACAACGGUGGGGCAGCUAACUUGCUCAUCGGCACCAGAUUUGAAUUAACUACAUGCCGUCUACCUGCCCUGAAGGGGGCAUCUGGUCACACAUCACACCAGCAACAACAACAACAACAACACCAGAGCCACCAUUGCCGGAAGCAGCAUGGAGCAGCCCAAAUUGCAACAGCAGCAGCAGCACAACCAGAACCAGCAACAUCAGCAGACUCAUCACCGUCAUCAGCAACAGCGUCAUCGGCUAACGAGAGGUUGUGAAUAUAAAGUAGUUAGCGGAAAUCGAGUUAUACUGCUGAUUUAAUCAAAUUAGACAUGCCGCUUUGAUAAGACCUUUGGCCCGAAGCAUUUUUUCCCCUCCGUUUCGACGACCAACGUGUGUGUGACCUGUAGGUUCAACCAAAAGGGGGAAAAAACCAAAACAAAUCAAACCCAAAUCAACAGCACAAAAUCAACAACAGAAAGCCAAAACAAAGACUCCACGAGAGCAAGCACAAUAGCAAACAAAUAUGAACACAAAGCCACCUCUCCAAGUUCCUAACUUUAUCGGUAGUAGCACCUCAUCUAGACCACAAAGUCCUUCGCUGUGCUUUUCGACCACCUCGUCCAAGGCGGACAAGAAUGAGGUGGCGGUGACGCUGUGCGGCUGCCGCCGGGCGCCGACGUCGCAGUGCUUCUCCGCGAUCGGUGUGCUGUUACUGGUCCUCGCGUAUACCGCCGUGGGAUCGGUACUGUUCAUGACGCUGGAGGGCGAUACCGACGACGGUGACAUGAUCGAAAGCUCGGUGGCAGCAUCAAAACCAUAUCCCAGACACGACGUAGUUAGCUCAGAAUUAAGACUCAAAACUGUAGAUCGGCUGUGGUCCAUUACAGAAGACCUAAAUAUAUUAUACAAGGAAAAUUGGACACGACUAGCGGCUCAGGAAGUGCAACAUUUUCAGGACACCAUCUUGAGAGCGGUACGAGCUUCCAGGUCCCAGCAAGUGACGAACGUCCAGAGCAACGCCAAACCCUACAAAUGGACGUAUGCUUCGGCCUUCCUCUACUCACUGACAUUGAUAACUACCAUCGGUUACGGUGGCAUCUCGCCGCGCACCCAGUGGGGCAGAAUAGGGGCGCUAAUUUAUGCCCUGUUUGGCAUUCCGAUAAUCCUGCUGUACCUCUCGGCGAUGGGUGAGGGGCUGUCCGGGGCGAUGCGAUGCCUGUUUCGUCGCCUCCGGCCAUCGUCGCACUCGUCGGCGUCGAACAGCGCCAGCACCAGUUCCAGCCUCAGCGGCAAUUCGGUCAUAAACAGCAAGUCCUCUAGCUCGGAACUGCAGAAACGGUCCCAGCAGCAGCAGCAGCAGAGCACCAGUUAUCACCAGACGUGGACCGGCAUUCAUGACCCACACGGUGGGUACGGUGGGAUGUCCAGCGGUGUCGGUGGGAGUUCCACAGGCAAUAUUGGACUUUCGCAAAGGGGCGGUGGCAGCGGGAGCAAACAUAAUCAAUCAGUCGUACCAAUAUCAAUCUGCAUUAUGAUACUGAUUUGUUACGUAACGCUGGGUGCCGUUCUGUUCCAUAAACUUCAACCCUGGGGCGUGCUGGAGAGUUUAUACUUUUGCUUCACCUCCCUGGGCACAAUCGGCUUUGGCGAUCUAAUGCCAACUGGAAACGUGGCCCAGUAUGCUGCCUCAGCAUAUAUUGUCGUGGGCAUGGCCGUGGUGGCCAUGUGCUUUAGCCUCAUACAGACCGAGCUGAUAAUAUGGCUUAAGAAAUUUGCCACCCCGGAAUCGCUGCCCUCGUCGACGGAGGACGUCGCCCUGGUGUCAGUAGCGAUGACUCCAAUAAAAUCCUGACAAAGACCGAACGAUCUCCUACCCAAUGAGUACAACUCAUUGCCACGUCGUUCCAGUGCAUUCCAGCGUAAUACACCCGCCCGGCGGUCCGCUGGCAUUAUGGAGAACCAAAUGGAGUACUUUGUACCGCGGAGCGUCAGUGAGUUCAACCUGUCCGGUGUGGGCGAUCUGGCUCUCCCACCGGCCAAACGAAGCAUGGUCACUCAUGCUGGCAGCUCGACAAUGAUUACGAUACCGAAACCACGCGAAAAAAUGGUCACCUUCGAGGACGAAUCCAAGUGCCCCCACGGCAUGCCCACUACACCCCGGAAGUCCACCCUGACCAACGACGUGUUCAUGUGACGGGAGGGCUCCUGAGACGAACUGAUUGAAUGCCCCGGGGAUAUCAUCAAAGUAUGAUAGCAAGCAUCACCCCCGACCGCCAUCCGGUCCCCGCCACUCAUCACCUUCAAUCCCGGCGAGGCCGGCGACGACGAGGACACCGAUAAGAAUCGUUCCGAAGGACAACAUCUUGCAACAACACAAUCCCAACCCGACGUGGCCAAAAUAUAACGAACCCCUUUCCACAAGACCCACUUUUUCCUUCGAAAGGAAAGCAUCCCACACUCAUAUAACCAUCAAACGGAUGGUUACAUCCCCUUUCUUCACAACCACAUUUUUGUAAUAAAAUAAUAAUUCGUUCAUGGUGUUUUGAUAUGUAUUCUAGAUUUUAAUAAACACACACACACACAUAUAGGCAAAAUGAUCGCGAAACUCCAAUGAAGUGCGAAGCGAAAAAAAAACAGACAAAUCGAAUUCAAACUAGGUGAAUAAAGUGAGCAGCGCAAAACCAAACAAAAAAAAAUGUUGUAAAUGAAACCCUCUUCGAAAGAGUGUGUAAAUCGAUUAGAAUGAAAAGUGAUUGUUUUAUUUACCAGUUUUAGUUUGAAAGUACUAUUAUGAUAAGACAAGUCAAAAACACACACACUCAAAGUGCAGCAGGCAAAUUAAAGUGAAUAAAAAAACACUGUGCGUAAAACGAUCGGAGGGAGAUACAUACAUGGAACACAUAUAACAUAGUCACUGGAGAAACCUUUCAAUAAAUUGAAA